AAGACGAGCACCCUCCGGUCUGUGUGACAUACAGGAAGAACUUGAAUAAGUCUCAAAACACAACGCUGUCUUCAAAAAACGCUAACAUUUGUUUGCAGUUUUGGUCUUUUGCCCACUCGGUCGUCUUGCAGGAGUGUAAAUCUAGAAGAAUGAGGGUGAAUCUGAAGACUGCUGCUGAACCAAAGCCCAUGUAACGUGCGGAUUACUUCACCCGAAGAGAAGUAGCGCUAGGCGUUUUUAAAUGGAGAAACCGGGACAAUACUAAAUCGUUUGUUCAGUGAAACAAAAUGUCAGAGCACAGGUCCAGUUUUCUUCACAUUGGAGACAUUGUGUCUCUUUACGCGGAGGGCUCGGUGAAUGGCUUCAUCAGUACUUUAGGGCUUGUUGAUGACAGGUGUGUGGUCCAGCCUGAUGCUGGAGACCUGGCCAACCCGCCCAAAAAGUUCAGAGAUUGCCUCUUCAAAGUGUGUCCCAUGAACAGAUAUUCGGCCCAAAAGCAGUUCCGAAAGGCCAAACAAGGGAAACAAGGAAACAACAACACACAGGGAGACCUGUUUAAGAAAUUACAGCAUGCCGCAGAGCUGGAGCAGAAGCAGAACGACUCUGAGAACAAGAAGCUCCUUGGAGAAGUUGUGAAAUACAGUAAUGUCAUCCAGCUCCUGCACAUUAAAAGCAAUAAGUACCUGACGGUGAACAAGCGUCUCCCUGCUUUGCUGGAAAAGAACGCCAUGCGGGUUUUUUUGGACGCGGCUGGAAACGAGGGUUCCUGGUUCUACAUUCAGCCCUUCUGGAAGCUCCGCAGCGAAGGAGAUAAUGUGGUGGUUGGAGACAAGGUGGUGCUGAUGCCGGUGAACGCAGGGCAGCCUCUCCAUGCAAGCAACAUCGAAUUGCUGGACAACCUCGGCUGCAAAGAGGUUAAUGCUGUGAACUGUAACACCAGCUGGAAGGUCACCUUGUUCAUGAAGUUCAGCGACUACAGAGACGAUGUGUUAAAGGGGGGAGACGUGGUGAGGCUUUUUCACGCCGAGCAGGAGAAGUUUCUGACCUGUGAUGAGUACAAGAAGCAGCAGCACGUCUUCCUCAGGACCACCCUGCGGCAGUCUGCCACCUCUGCCACCAGCUCCAAGGCUCUCUGGGAGAUCGAGGUUGUGCACUAUGACCCCUGCAGAGGUGGAGCCGGUCAGUGGAACAGCCUCUUCCGCUUCAAACACCUGGCAACUGGGAAUUACCUCGCAGCUGAGGCGAACCCUGAAUUCAAAGACAACACGAUGGAGCCCAAAGGAGAGAAUGAGACAGACACUUUGUUCUCCAAGAGGAAGCAUCAAGCAGCAGAGAAGAUUGCUUUCACCCUGGUUUCUGUUCCCCAUGGGAAUGAUAUUGCCUCUCUGUUUGAGCUGGAUGCUACCAUCCUGCAGCGAGCUGACUGCCUUGUGCCCAGAAACUCAUAUGUGAGACUUAGGCACCUGUGCACAAACACCUGGGUGACGAGCACCAACGUCCCCAUCGAUGCAGAGGAGGAGCAUCCGGUCAUGCUCAAGAUUGGCACCUGUUCUACUAAAGAGGACAAAGAGGCUUUUGCCAUCAGAUCUGUUCCCCUGUCCGAGGUCAGAGACUUGGACUUUGCCAACGAUUCCAGCAAGGUGCUGGAGUCCACUGUGAGGAAGCUGCAGUACGGCAACAUCGCUCAGAACGAGAGGAGGUUUGUGACUAAGCUCCUGGAAGACCUAGCUUUCUUUGUGUGUGUGGUACCAAACAACGGCCAGGAUGUUCUUUCUGUGGUGACCUCCAAUCCCAACCGAGAGAGGCAGAAACUCAUGAGGGAACAGAACAUCCUCGACCAGAUCUUUGGCAUCCUGAAGGCUCCGUUCACAGACCAGGGAGACGGUCCAAUGCUUAAGCUGGAGGAUCUGGGAGACCAGCGUUAUGCUCACUUCAAGUACAUGUUGAGACUCUGCUAUAGGGUGCUCCGCCACUCCCAACAGGACUAUCGCAAGAACCAGGAAUAUAUAGCCAAACAGUUCUCAAUCAUGCAGUCUCAGAUGGGUUAUGAGAUCUUGGCUGAGGACACAAUCACUGCCCUGCUGCGCAACAACCGCAAGCUGCUGGAAAAACACAUCACAGCCAAAGAGAUCGAGACCUUCGUCAGCUUGCUGAGGCGCAACAGAGAGCCCAGAUUCCUGGAUUAUCUUUCUGAUCUCUGCGUGUCCAACAAGACUGCCAUCCCCGUCACACAGGAGCUAAUCUGUAAAUUUAUGCUGAACCCCACCAACGCAGAUAUCCUCAUCCAGACCAAACUAAUCCCCAACACCGAGACCACCCUGGAGUCCUCUCUGCUGCAGGAGGAGGUGGAGGAGGAGGAGGUGUGGCUCUACUGGAUUGACAGCCACAAGGAGCCUCACGGAAAAUCCAUCCGCCACCUGGCCCAGGAUGCCAAGGGCACCCACAAGAUGGAUGUAGACAUUGUCACCUAUUACAGGUACCAGUUGAACCUCUUUGCUAAAAUGUGUCUGGACCGCCAGUACCUAGCCAUCAACCAGAUCUCCUGUCAGCUACCAGUGGAUCUGAUCCUGCGCUGCAUGUUCGACGACUGCCUGCCCUACAACCUCAGAGCUUCUUUCUGCCGCCUCAUGCUGCACAUGCAUGUGGACCGGGAUCCUCAGGAGGCCGUGGUGCCUGUACGCUACGCCCGACUCUGGACUGAGAUCCCCUCCAAGAUCACCAUUCACGAGUAUGAGUACGAGUCCACUGACACGUCAACAGAGGAGAUGAAGAAGAAAUUUGCUCACACCAUGGAGUUCGUGGAAGAAUACCUUAAAGAUGUGGUCAGCCAGCCUUUUCCAUUUGGAGAUAAAGACAAGAAUGAACUCACGCUAGAGGUGGUGAAUCUGGCUCGUAACCUGGUGUACUUUGGUUUCUAUAGCUUUAGUGAGCUGCUGCGCCUCACACGCACUCUGCUGGCCAUCCUGGAUAUUGUCCAGCACCCACUCACCUUCAUGAACAAGCUCAACAAGAGCCCAGAGGCCGGCAACAAUGUCCUGCGUACGAUUCAUGGAGUUGGAGAAAUGAUGACUCAGAUUAUGAUGAGUCGAGGUGUGCCACACAGCCUCCCUGACACCUCUCCGUCCCUGCGCUACGGGAGGGGACACUUCCUGUCAGAUAAUGAGGACGUCAUGGUGAUGGACACCAAGCUUAAGAUCAUUGAGAUCCUGCAAUUCAUCCUGAGUGUGAGGUUGGAUUAUAGGAUCACAUACUUGCUUUCCAUCUACAAGAAAGAGUUUGGGGACAAGACCCUAACGGACUGCUCUGCCUCUGUGUCUGAUAUGCUUCCAAUGCCACCUCCUGAACCUGACAUAGAUGAGAUUGCAACAAAAGCAGAGAGCAUGUUUGCAGGGAGCUCAGAGUUGAGUGCGGUGGAGCUGGACGAUGAAGGUGGCCGCACGUUUUUGAGGGUCCUGAUCCAUCUCAUCAUGCAAGAUUACCCUCCGCUGGUGUCUGGCUCACUGCAGCUCAUCUUCAAGCACUUCAGCCAGAGAUCCGAGGUGCUGCAGGCCUUCAAACAGGUCCAGCUGCUUGUCUCAGAGCAGGAUGUGGAGAACUACAAGCAGAUCAAGACAGACCUGGACCAGCUGCGCCUGACUGUGGAGAAGUCGGAGCUGUGGGUGGAGAAGAGUGGAGUCUACAGCAGCGAGGACCUGGGGGUCAGACAGGGCAAAGAGCAGAACAUAGAGGAGGUUGUCCUUAGCCCAGUGACGGAUGGAGAUAUUAAACCUCAAAUUGACAGCAACAAAGCAAACAACUACAACAUUGUCAAAGAGAUCCUACUGCGGCUCAGUAAGCUGUGUUAUCCCAGUAAGAAAAGUCGUGUGCAGCAACAGCGGUUGCUGAAAAACAUGGGGGCCCAUACCGUGGUGCUGGAUCUGCUGCAGAUACCCUACGAGACAAGUGAUGACAAGAUGAAUGAGAUCAUGACCCUGGCUCAUGCAUUUUUGCAAAAUUUCUGCAGAGGAAACCCUCAGAACCAAGUUCUGCUACAUAAACACCUAAACCUCUUCCUCACUCCAGGGUUGCUUGAAGCUGAGACAAUGCGUCACAUCUUUAUGAACAACUUCCAGCUGUGCAACGAGAUCUGCGACCGUGUGGUCCAUCAUUUUGUCCAUUGCAUUGAAACCCACGGUAGACACGUGCUGUACCUCAAGUUCCUGCAAACCAUUGUGAAAGCAGAUGGAAAGUAUGUGAAGAAAUGUCAGGAUAAGGUCAUGACAGAGCUUGUGAAUGGAGGAGAGGACGUGCUGGUGUUCUACAACGACCGCUCCUCGUUCCCAGUGUUGCUGCAGAUGAUGGGCUCUGAGCGUGAGCGGACAGAUGAGGAUGGAGCUCUGGCCUACCACAACACACUGGUGGAGCUACUGGCUGCUUGCACAGAGGGCAAGAACGUCUACACUGAGCUGAAAUGCAACUCUCUGCUACCACUGGACGACAUUGUUAAAGUUGUCACUGAUAUCAACUGCAUACCAGAGGUCAAAACUGCCUACGUGAACUUUGUGAAUCACUGCUACGUGGACACAGAGGUAGAAAUGAAGGAGAUCUACACCUCCAACCAUAUCUGGAAGCUCUUUGACAACUUCCUGGUGGACAUGUCCAGUGUGUGCAACACUACCACAGACCGUAACCAUGCCGAUCUGGCCCUUGAGAAGUAUGUGACGGAGACGGUGAUGGGCAUUAUCAAGGGUUUCUUCAGCUCACCUUUCUCUGUCAACCACUCCAACUUGCAGACAAACCAGUCUGUCUUCAUCAAGCUCCUCCAGUCUUCUUUCAGGAUCUACAACUGCACCUGGAUCAACUCAGCUCAGAAGGCUAACAUUGAGAGCUGUAUCAAAACACUGGCUGAUGUUGCUAAGGCCCGAGCAAUAGCCAUCCCAGUGGACCUGGACAGUCAGGUCAACACUUUGUCUCUCAAGGUCCACAGCAACAUGGUGCAGCGAGCAGCCAAGGACUGGAGGACGUCAGCCCGCACACGACCCCGCAAAGAGCCCCUGGGUGGUCCCGACUACAAGAACAUCAUUGAGAAGCUGCAGCAUCAGCUUGAGCCUUUAUUCGUGUCCGUCUGUGAUGUAAAGGGGGUCGUGUCCCUUCUGGAGGAGCAGUUCAGUCCGAAGGUCCAGGCAGAGUUUUCAGUGCUGGUGGAUGUUCUUCACAGUCCCGAGCUGCUGUUUCCAGAGGCUGCUCGAUUACGCUGUGAGAGCGGAGCUUUCAUGUCCAAACUGAUCAAACACACCAAGAAGCUCAUGGACAAAGAGGAGAAGCUGUGUAUCAAGAUCCUGCAAACACUCAGGGAGAUGCUGGACAAGAAGGAAUGCUUCCAGGAUGCUGGAAACGAUUUAAGAAAGAUCCUCCUCACACGCUACUUUGGAAAUCAAAAGCUUCUCUCGAAGUCAGAGCUCGGGAGUGGAAACAGCUCAUCUGGCGGCUUUGUCAAGCCGUCAUCUGGAGGAGGCUCUCCUAUGCUGGACUCUGACAAACCGGGCAGCAGUGUGGUGGAAAUCCAGUGUCUCCUGGACAACGUUGGAGCAUCAGAGCUGGUGAUUGACCUCAUCGUCAACACAAAGAACGACCGAGUGUUUGAGGAGAGCAUCCUGCUGGGCAUUGCCCUUCUCCAGGGCGGAAACACACAGAUACAAAACUCCUUCUAUAACCAGCUGUUGAAGCAGAAGAAGUCUGAGAGGUUCUUUAAAGUUUUCUAUGACCGCAUGCGUUUGGCCCAGCAAGAGAUCCGAGCUACCGUGUCCGUCAACAUGUUUGAGGUCAACUACAGGAAAAGGGAUGAUGACAGUGACGUCAGCAGCAUCAGGUUGAAAAAAGGUAGAGACUCAGGGAUUCAUAUGAGGGAGGACAUGCGUGGACAGCUGAAGGAGGCCUCCUCAGUGACUUCAAAGGCAUUCUGUGCCUUCAGAAAGGAGCUGGAUCCCGACCUGGAAGGCCUCGGCCAGAACAGUGACAUGGUUGGGGCUGAAGAGGUUUUAGAAGAAACUCCAAUGAGCCCAGCCAUCACUAUCAUGAAACCAAUCCUGCGUUACCUACAGCUGCUCUGUGAGAACCACAACACAGACCUGCAGAACUUUCUGCGCAACCAGAAUAACAAGACAAACUACAAUCUGGUGUGUGAGACUCUUCAGUUCUUGGACUGUAUUUGUGGAAGCACCACUGGAGGCCUCGGGCUGUUGGGCCUUUACAUUAAUGAGAGUAAUGUGGACCUGGUUCGCCAAACCCUGGAAACCAUCACAGAGUACUGCCAGGGACCCUGCCAUGAAAACCAGAGUGGUAUAGCCAAGCAUGAAUCCAAUGGCAUUGACAUUAUUAUAGCGCUGAUUGUCAACUCCAUCAACCCCCUGGGGAAGCAUCGGAUGGACCUCGUGCUGGUGCUAAAGAACAAUGCCUCCAAACUCUUAUUGGCUAUCAUGGAGAGCCGUCAUGACAGCGAAAACGCAGAGAAGAUUCUCUACAAGAUGAGACCCACCGAACUGGUGGAUGUCAUGAAGGAGGCCUACGCUCAGGGCCUGGAGAGUGAGGAGGACGAGGACUGUGUUGGAGACCAGAUCAAGCCCAGAGACGUCGGACACAAUAUUUACAUCCUGGCCCACCAGCUGGCUCGACACAAUAAGAUCCUCCAGCAGAGCCUGAGGCCAGGGUCAGGGUUGGGUCUGGGGGCCGGAGCGGACCCCGACAAUGAGAAAGACGACGCCCUCCUUUGCUAUGCCAAACACACAGCUCAGAUAGAGAUUGUGCGUCUCGACCGCACCAUGGAGCAACUUGUGUUUCCGGUCCCUGACAUCUGUGAAUACCUCACGGCGGAGUCCAAGAUGCGUGUGUUCACCACCACGGAGAGAGACGACCAGGGCAGCAAGGUUAACGACUUCUUCCAGCAGUUCGACAACCUCUACAACGAGAUGAGGUGGCAGAAGAAGAUUCGCAAAAAUAAGGCUUUGUUCUGGUUCUCAAGCCACAUCUCUCUUUGGGGGAGCAUCUCCUUUUACUUGGCCUGUCUGCUCAACAUUGCUGUGGCCGUUUUCUACCCAUUUGGUGAUGAUGGAGAUGAGGGCACCUUGUCCCCCUUUUGGAAUAUCUCGCUGUGGGUGGCAUUGGGGGUAUUUACCUCAUUACUAGCCUUUUUACCCAAGCCGCUGGGCAUCCUGUUCUUCCUCGUCUCCCUCAUUCUACGUGCCAUCUACACUAUGGGCCUCGCCCCUGCUCUGUUGUUGCUGGGUGCUGUCAAUCUGUUCAACAAGUUGGUCUUUCUUGUAAGCUUUGUGGGAAACCAGGGGACAUUCACCCGAGGCUACAAAGCAGUAGUUAUGGACAUGCUCUUCAUCUACCAUUUGGGCUAUGCCAUCAUCUGCGUCCUGGGUCUCUUUGUGCACGAGUUCUUCUACAGCUUUUUGUUGUUUGACCUGGUGAUCAGAGAGGAGACGCUGCUCAACGUGAUAAAGAGUGUGACGAGGAAUGGUCGCUCUAUUAUUCUGACAGCUGUUCUGGCAAUCUUCCUCGUCUACUUCUUCUCUAUCAUCGGCUUCCUUUUCCUCAAGGAUGACUUCCGCAUGGAAGUUGACCGUCUUCCUGCACCAGGAAAAGGGGAUUUAUUGAGUAACGAUGAAGUUGCUGGCUCAUGUGAUGGCUGCCCCGUUUCAACACUUCAAUCUGAUCUUGACGAUGGGACUGAGCGGGUGUGCGACACACUGCUCAUGUGUAUAAUCACAGUUUUGAACCAGGGACUACGUAAUGGAGGAGGCGUGGGAGACAUCCUCAGGAGACCCUCCAAAGAGGAGCCUCUGUUUGCAGCCCGGGUGGUUUACGACCUUCUGUUCUUCUUCAUCGUUAUUAUCAUUGUUCUUAACCUCAUCUUUGGUGUUAUCAUCGACACCUUCGCUGACUUGAGAAGUGAAAAACAGAGGAAGGAGGAGAUCCUGAAAACCACCUGCUUCAUAUGUGGGUUGGAGAGAGACAAAUUUGAUAACAAGACGGUGUCCUUUGAGGAGCACAUUCAAUCCGAACACAACAUGUGGCACUACCUUUACUUCCUGGUUCUGGUGAAGGUGAAGGAUCCGACCGAGUACACCGGCCCUGAGAGCUACGUGGCCCAGAUGAUAGGGGAGAAGAACUUGGAGUGGUUCCCCCGUAUGAGAGCGAUUUCUCUGGUGAGCAGCGAGGGAGACAACGAGCAGAAUGAGAUGCGCUCUCUGCAGGACAAACUGGACAGCACUGUCACUCUGGUGUCUCAGCUGUCUGGCCAGCUGGCUGAGCUAAAGGAACAGAUGACAGAACAGAGGAAGAACAAGCAGAGGCUCGGGUUCCUGGGUCCUCCUCAGCCCAACCAUCACACAAAUGCCCACUGAGGGGCUCAAGGCUCAAACAGGACACACACACUUCAGCCUUCAGAACAAAACAUGUGCUCAGAUUAUUGAUGUCAAAAUGCAAUAGGGCAGCAAGUGUUGACGCAUCAUUUUUGACACAGUGCCUUUUCUAUGAAACAAUGACUGCCUUAUGGGAUACAAACUACCUUAUGUUCUCACCGUGCAGCUAGCAGCAGGCUUUACUGGCCGUGUGUACACACCCUCGUACAGAGGAGCUCUGUGAAUGAUUGGCCAGCCGCAGCACACAUCUGCCAGUGUGGUGUUAUUGUGCCAGACAGAGGUCGAGGGAAAUGUUAAGGUAAAGUUAAUGGUUAAGUGCUGUUAGGUCUGCGGAUGGUCACAUCUCAUUCCUAGAUUGUCCUCAGUGCUGAUGUGUCAGAAAGCGGACACAUAAGCCGCACAAUCUGUGAUUGGAGGUUUUUGAGAAACUGGGUUUGUUUAUGCCUUCAGGGGAAGAGUGUGUGUAUGUGUGUGCACACAUUAAGUAUUCUUCCCUUUACCUUUUUUAGUUUUCUGAUUGUAUUUAUGAGAAUAUUUACGGUUCAUAACUGGAGUAUUAUUUUUGCCUUUUGGAAAAAAAUAUGAUGCUGCCUCACUAAUGAACUUUUCUUAACAGUAAAUUGCAUCUGCUGAAGGUGCACUUUUUGAAGAAGAAAAGUGCAAAAGUCUAAGCCUUUAACUGGAAAAUUUGGUUAGUUGGGUGGGGGUAUUUUUUGCAUGCUCUGCUCUGUGGUAAAAAUGCAUUUGCUGCUCCAUUUCAGUUGCCUUGUUUUUAAAUAGAUUUCUACAGAGUAUAUAUAUAACUUAAUGUGAAUUAAAUAAUAAUUAAAUAAUUAUUACCUUUGCAGAACUUACUUGAAAUGAUUUUAAAACCGUAUUGGUACAUAAUGUAGUAUGACAGAAGAUAGGGAGCUUACAGUUCUUUGUUACAAAUGAACAUACUUAUUUCUAUAGAGAUGUCAGCUAAUACUGUCAUAUCUACUGGAUUUGCUCUUUUCUUCUUCUUCUACUUUUUCUUAAAACGUUACUUUUUUUGUGUAAAUCAUGCUCACAGGUGUCUCUUGGACUGCAGCUGAUUAAGUCUGAACUUGCGUUUUUAACUUGCACAAACUAAUGGCAGAUUACAAGUGAGCUCUCGAUGGUAACUGUCCUAUGACACUUUCUGUUUAAACAAGUGUAUUGAAAAAGGUAUUUUAUGUGGUUGGUUGUUGUAAUAAAUUUGUAACAAAAU